AUCGCCAGACGUGGGCGCAGCCGUUACUAUGUGAUUAACAUUCAACUAAUAUUCCAAUCGUGCCUGGGAACGUACCAAAUGCCAGUUUUAUGUCUGGAUGAGCAAUCGACUCGAUCUUGCUGGCUCAGAGGUGAGACGUUACGUCUUGGAAUCCUCACUCACCGUCACUCAGAAGACCUCCACCUUGCCUGCGUCGCCCUCUUCGCAUGAGUCGUCCUUCCCCCAGAACCUGCCCUGCUGCGUCUGUAUGUUGGCGGCCUUAUCUCUCUGCGGCCACGUUCACCAGGACAGCUGAAGCACCCUAGACAUUAGUCGAACCAUGUCCAAGGAUGGAGAUACAACGUCGCUUGCCGUACGUGCUGCUGGUGGAGGCCAGUCGUCAGAUGCAGCAAGCGAAUACCUCCUCAAACCUUUCUCAGAAGCAGUGCUAUCACAUCUCCUCCGGGCACAUAAGCAGUUGCCGCUUGAACAGCAACAGCAAUAUCCGGACGAGUCUUCUUUCCUGGCACAUAUGGCUUCGGACAAGUCUGCUGCAAUGACAACGUCCCCGGACAAUGAUCUCAGUUAUCCGUUGUCUUCGUACUUUAUCAGUUCCAGCCACAAUACAUAUCUGUCAGGACAUCAGCUCUAUGGAGAAGCCAACGCGGAGGCCUACACCAACGUUUUGAAAAGAGGUUGCCGUUGCCUAGAAAUUGAUGUCUGGGAUGGCGAUGACUCGGAUACUAGCAGUUCAGAUGACGAGGAUGAUCGCGUAGCAGGACACCACGAUCGCGGGAUUGACAGUCACACCAAAUCUUCCCGCUGGAACCGGGUGAAAGCACGCGCAGCCAGAAUGAGAUCGCGUUCUCGCUCGGGUUCUCUGACCGAUCGCAGAAAGCCUCCAACCUCCACAGAGGCUCGCCCUACUGACCUCAACACUUCCAGCGAAACCGACGCAACAACCCGGCAAAUCGAGUUACCGGCCCAGAAUAUGGAUUUCUUAUCGCCCCAAACGUCACCUGCAUUUCCACCCAAGGUCGAGCCUCGUGUACUCCAUGGGUAUACCCUCACCCAAUCAAUAACCUUCCGUUCUGUCUGUCAUGCUAUCAAGGACUAUGCGUUUGCAAGCACAGAUCUUCCUUUGAUAGUAUCUCUCGAGGUGCACGCAUCGCUUUCGCAGCAGGAAGUAAUGGUUGAGAUCAUGAGAGAGGUCUGGGCCGAUUUUCUCAUCGAUAUCACCGAGUGUACGAAAGAGCUUAACCUUCCAUCGCCGGACUCGGUACGAAAGAAAAUCUUGAUCAAGGUCAAAUGGACCCUGAACAGUGAAACGGGGGAUUCCAACAAUCCACUCGAUCAUGUUACUUCACAAUCGACCGACGGAGGUACCGAAGACAGUGCAACGACUUCGCCCGAGAAGAAGAAAGCCUCUAAAAUUCUGACUGCGUUGUCUGAACUUGGUGUUUACACUCGAGCCUACAGUUUCAAGCACUUUUCUCAACCAGAAGCGUCAAUCCCGACCCAUGUAUUCAGUUUGUCGGAAACUAAGAUGCUCCAAAUGCAUGGAGAUCCGACGUAUGGUCCAGCGUUGUUCGACCACAACAAGAAUUUCCUUAUGCGCGUUUUCCCCAAAGGGACAAGGAUUAACUCAUCCAAUGUCGACCCGACCUUCCACUGGCGACAAGGCGCGCAAAUGGUUGCUUUGAACUGGCAAAAGAUGGACAAGGGAAUGAUGCUCAAUGAGGGUAUGUUUGCAGGAACCGGGGGCUGGGUUCUUAAACCAGAAGGUUAUCGCUCCACAAGCCUUAAGUCCACAGAGAAAUCGAGACCUGAAAAGCGUCAGCUUGAUCUCGAGAUAACUUUCCUUGCUGGACAAAGAAUACCCCUGUCCGCUGACAAAGAUCCUGCUCAUGCUGCCAAAGUCAAACCUUAUGUCUUAGUUCAACUCCACGUAGACACUCAUGGGCCUCCUGGGGAAGGAAAAAUUAUGAAGCCUCAUUCAGGUCUACCACCUGACUCCGGCCCUUACGGGUCCGACGAGAGCGACCAAACGACGUAUAAAUGGAGAUCGUCGACAUGCCGCACCGACUGUCCUGAUUUCGGCGGUCAGAGCCUCAAAUGGCAAAAUGUACCCGAUGUUGUUGACGAGCUUAGUUUUCUCAGGCUGAAGAUCAAGGACGACCGCUCCUUCGGCAGGGAUACCUUGCUCGCCUGGGCAUGCAUCAGACUUGACCGCCUAGAGUCAGGCUAUCGCUUCAUACAUCUCCUUGAUGCGGCAGGCCAGCCGUCGGUAGGGGCAUUAUUGUGCUUCAUUUCCAGACGUCUUGAUUGAUUUUCAACACAUCUCGGAUCGAGUUCUUUUGGGCGCUCCUCCCCAUACUACCUCAACGCAUUCCCUUCAGCUAAAGGUCACCAUGAUCCCCGCCAGUGAAACAUCUCUAGCGCGGCAGAAGCUAUACAGGUCUAGAAAUUUACGAUGCCCUCGUGAUGGCAUUAAAUAGGCGAAAAAUGCCAAUAUUUUAUCACUUGUCUGGGGCUCGGAGUUUUUCCGAACCGCGUCCCAAUGUCUUACAUUUCUCAGAAAGAGGUGCAACCAUUCCAUGUCACCUGCUUUCUUCCACGAACACGUCCUUGGACUCGGCUUUAUGUCCGCAAGUGCAGCCCUGGUCAUGCUCGCAUUGUCAGGCUGACAAGCACAAAUCGUAAUGGGGGUGAUUUGUGGAGAGACAAGCAUAAGGUUCGGCGGCCACCAUUUGAGGAAAUACAAUAGCGGUGAUGGCUCCCACUUGGUAUUCGAAUGUUACUGGACAUCUCACACCGUGAAGCAAUGUCCUCGCGCAGAACCCUAACAUCUGCUCUGCGUCGAACCUACGAUGCCAUCCGAGGCGUCCCUACCGGCACUACAACACUGGACAUUUGCUGGCCAAGUGCCACUUUUCCGAUUGGCUCUCGAUCAAGAACAUAAGACCUCCUGAGCAUAAGAUGCUCGCUCACCGUUUAGCCUUUUCCCCAAAACCAUACAUAUCUCUGACAUGGUUGCGAGUUCCCACUCGUUCAUUUGGGCAGUUGUCACAGAGGCGAUUCUCACGAAUCGAUAUGGUAAUGAUGCCGGGAAGACAAUUUUUUUGUUCCACAAAAGAGAAACGUGGACCGGCCAGCUCCUCACCGAUCCGCGCGGUGGAACACGAUCUGCAAAAAGAACACACUGGAUUAAGUUCAAGCCUACAGGUCGAGUGCCAGGCUUGUACAGGUGUCAUUAGGUAGAGAGUCGAAGCUAGGUCAGUAUACCACUUGCAUAGUACGAAGAUUGAUCGAACUUCAUCUUGUGACUCCUGUCCGGUGUACAAACGUCGGAGUGCUGUGUCGAUAUGUCAGUGGUGCAUUCUCACCAGGUCGAAACUGAUACUUGGCCUGUGACUAUAAAAGCAGGCAAGUCAUAGCUUAACAUCAUGCUCGCCCAUCCAACUCAUUUUCCAUCAAUCCCAUCUUCCAUCGCCAUCAACGUCAAUAAACUUUAACACUAUCCAAGCUCGUACUUACCGGCUUUGUACAAUGAAUCCCACCAGUAUCACGAUUGAUACUUGUCUGUGGCAGCCAAAGGCUCCAUACAUUCCGCAGCCAAAACAAGAUCGUCCGACAGGAGUUAGUCGACCGAUGAAUGGCAUCCGAUGCCCCCGAUGCAAGGGGAGGGGCCAAGAGGUCUGGGUUAUCCCAGGAACACGAUGUCACAAGUGCGGCCACCCGUGCUGAGGCCAUAGUGGGAAAAUCGGAAGUCAGAAGUGUGCCUCAUCAGCACAGUUUCUGCCGUCAGGGGAAGACACGACGCAACAAUGACAUCGUCUCCGGGCAUAAUUGUCUGAAUUUGGUGGGCAGAAUAACGGAGCAGAUUCGAUAGCUGAUGGAAAUAUGAUAGUGCUCGAUUACU